UUGAAGUGGAGAAUUCGUAUUCUGAGUGGACGUAGAGUUUCUGUGAGUUGGAGAAGCAGCUCCGAAUCUCGACCUUUUCCUUUCCUUUCUGGGUUUGCAGGUAUCAGUUGCUCCUUUGAUGCAAUGGGAGUGUUUGACAACUUCAUCCUCUCUGUGUGGUGUCAUAGCAAUCAGCAUUGCUUGCAAUCGAUCAAAGAGCAGCUGAGCAGUGCUAGGGAGUCAGCAUCGUUCUUUCUGGGUUUAAUCAGUGUCAUUGUUUGGGUUGUUGCUGAGAUACCUCAAAUAAUCACAAACUAUAGAACAAAGUCUACUGAGGGUCUCUCUCUCACUUUCUUGGUCACAUGGAUAAUUGGAGAUGUGUUCAACCUCCUUGGAUGCCUGCUGGAACCUGCAACUCUUCUUACUCAAUUAUACAUGGCAGUGCUCUAUACCAUUAUAACUCUUGCUCUUGGUUUACAAACCAUUUACUAUGGACAUAUAUAUCCUCAACUAAAAUACAGGAGACAGCUCAAGCAUUCUAAACAUGACCAGGUUGAGUCAUUCACAAAAACUGGACAAGGGGAAAAGGCUGCCGAUGCUGAACAGAGUAUUAAAUUUGAAAAUUCAAAUAGAAAUGCCAGUCCGAGUUCUCCUAUUCCUCUUCCAGCAUUUCCUCAAAGAAUUGGUACCGGAAGGGAAUUAUUCUACCGGUCAGCAAGAUAUUUGUCUAAGAGUCACACUCCAACAGCGGGAUCCAUCUUAGCACAGAGAAUGGGAUCUACUACUUCUUUAGAUUCUAUACAAGAGGGCUUGCUUGGUUCAACCAUUGCAACACAAUCUGCACCAGCUUCAAGGAUGAAGAGUACUCUUUGUUUGGUUUCAACAUUAACUUUUCUUGGUGCUAUCAACCUGCUUCAACCAUUGAGUACAAAUAUUAACCAUAUGGGCUCAAACCCACGACAACAAUUUGUAAUUCAUGUUGGGCGAAAACUUUUUCAGGUUGGCGAUGAUCAGUUACUAAAAACUGAUGUUUCUGGAAGCAGUAGCAUUGGAACCUUCCUUGGUUGGGCAAUGACAUUUGUAUAUUUGAGUGGAAGACUGCCUCAAAUUUGUCUAAAUAUUAGAAGAGGUCAUGUUGAGGGUCUCAAUCCUUUGAUGUUCAUGUUUGCUGUACUUGGAAAUUCCACUUAUGUAGCCAGUAUACUUGUGAUCAGCUUGGAUUGGUCAAAAAUCAAACCAAAUUUGCCAUGGCUAGUAGAUGCUGGAGGGUGUGUCCUUCUCGAUUUCCUUAUUUUAAUGCAGUUUAUAUAUUUCCGCUAUUGGACCUCCCAAGACCUGUAGGGUAAUUGCAAAAUUGUGUACUGAGGAAGAAACAAGGAUUUCCAGUCUGGCAAUCUCCACCAAGUUGUACUAGAAUUAUGAGCAUAAAACUGAAUUGGGGAAUGGUGACUAUUGUCAGCUGGUUAAUUGUUACAAUCAUUGGCGUGAUGACCAUAGAAGGAAAAAGGAAGUGAUUCUGUUUAUUUGAACUGCCAGCAAUUUUGUAUGAGGUUGAUGCUUCCGGUUUAGAUUCCUUUUCAACUUUGAUGUUUUUGGUUCCUGAGAUUUUCUGCCAGACAUUCUUAGAACCAGUUCAAUUUUACUUGAGGCGUUUUGUAAAGACAUUUUGCACACACUUUGAGUUUCCUAUCAAUCUUCAAUUCCAUCAGAACUUUAUGUUUUGUU